AUGAAGGUGGUCCUACCAGGAAAGCCAGAAGCCAGGCUUCAAGCUCUAGCUACUGGCUUCUGGAAAUCGAGGCGCAUCAUCGCGUACAUAAGCGGCAAUGCUAUCGCGAUCUUGUCCGACCAUGAAACACUCUUGCAGACCAUCUACGACGACGACGAAACCCACCUCGAAGCUGUCGCAUUAGACGAAGCCUCCGGAAAGAUAGCAAUAUGCACAGACCGUAGCGUCCGGAUAUACAGGCCGUUCGCACACGAAGAUGGCGUGCUGAAAUGGGCGCUGGAAACGUCCUUCUCCCCAGACGUUGAUGACGAGGAAACACACGAUGGCGUCCGAUACGCAAUGGCCCUGUCAUGGGGCGGCUCAGAAGAAAUACUCGUGUCUCGAUACGCUUUAACGCUGCAUCAAACAACUCCCGACCUUGCCUGCACCUGGCGCAAGGUCCUCGCGAGCCCCGUCAAAUACGCUGAUCUGUCGUACGACUCAGCUUACGUUUCGGACGAGGUCCGCUUCGACUUUAUGUACCUGUCCCAUCCUCUCGCCGUCACGAGCCUACAGUGGCGCAAGCCUUUCCACAUCGACCAGACCGUGGACAACGUCCUCUAUACUAUAUGUCUCGACAAUGUGCUUCGGAUUUGGACUGGCUCGGAUAAUCACAGCCAUCAGCAGUUGCAGCUGUGGGGGAAAAUUGAUCUUGCUGCAUCGGCAGCUGGAUCGAGUCUUCGAUGGGCUGCCAUUGUCCAUGGAAGGGAUUUCUCGGCUGCCACGGAGACGGCGGUGCAGGAGGGGCCCUCUGAAUAUGGCAAAGGAGAUGGGCCGCUGGUCAAUGUCGUGGAGCUGGCUAAUCGGAACCCUGAGAUCUGCAUCACCUUUGACGGGCACGGAAGAAUGUCCGCCUGGGCUAUGGAGAACAUAUCGUCUAAGUCGCGAUCGAAAUCAAAAGAGGACGAGAAGAAGAUUCUGCCUUUAGUGGUGGACAUCUCCUCAAACGAGUUUGAUUUCCUUAGGGACACUUCGCCAGGAACUUCAUCACACGUUGAGAUCCAUGCAUAUUGCAACAAACCCGACGGGCAUUUGAAUUUCCUCUUCCACUUUUUCGACGGCAGGAUCGCAAUUUUCGAGGCCAAUUUCCCGCGUCUCCUCGACCCUGUUGCUGGAAAGAGCCGUAUCAGGCCAAGAUGCGUAUGGACAGGCCAUUCGGCGUCCAUUGCGAAAACAGUGAGAAAUUACAGUGGGAGAUCAGUGGUAUCGAGGACUAGUGGAGGAGAGGCCGUCGUAUGGAAACAUCCGCUCUUCACCGAAAAGACGAAACUCACGCGGCAGAGCACAAUAUCUUCGCAAGAUCACAUCCACCGGAUAGCAGUGAUACGGAAGGGCCGCUUUGUGGUCUUCCUACACCAUGACAGAUUGGCCGUCUGGGAUUGCAGACAGCUCACACCGUCUCUGGUCGCCCAGAUCGAUUACAAAAUCUCGGGAAAGCCUCUGUGCCUGUUGGUCCUUCCCAGGCGAACCGCUGAGCAAUCUUCGGUGGUACACAUCGGCACCAUUACUUCGGAAAAGAAGGGCCUAGUAUGGGAAAUCAGGCUCCCUGCAUAUGACUCGUCUGCAACAAACGGAGUUGAAAAAAAUGGUGGUACGAACGGCCAUGCACCUCCAUCAAUUCAGGAAUUCCACAGAUUUGAACUAAAGGAUGCCGGUGAUCUGUCCUAUGUUCUUCCCGUGGACCCAGCAGGCUCUGCGCCGAUGGUACAGGGCUUUCUUGACGUGUUUGCACGCGAUGUGGCCAUCUCUUAUACACAUACUGGUCGCGUUGAGUUCUGGACGGCUCGCGUGGGUGAUGCCAAGGUUGACUGGCUGUCAACCGCCUCCAUGGAGACAGGUGUCUCAGAACCUGCGCUUGCCAGUGGCAGUACCAUGAAGAAGGCGGCAUUGGUCAACAGCAGUAGAAGUGCUGUCACAAUCUGGGACAUACGCGGCGCGCAGCUUGAAUAUAACCAGCAAUUUGAGGCACAACACGCCAUUCAGGACUUGGACUGGACGUCCACCCCAGACUUACAGUCUAUUCUGGCCGUUGGAUUCCCAUCGCGUGUCCUGCUACUUUCGCAAAUGCGAUUCGACUACCUGAACAAGGGCCCGGCAUGGGCCCCGGUGCGAGAAAUCAAUAUCCGAGAGUUCACACCACACCCCAUCGGUGAUUCAACCUGGCUGGGUGAUGGAAAUCUCGUCAUUGGGGCUGGCAAUCAACUUUUCGUCAAUGACCGCAAAUUCGAUGCCUCCCACGCACUUGUUAAAGAUGUCUCCCUCCCAUACAAGAAGGACCGCAAAUGGGACCUGUUCGACGUUGUGCAGCGACUGAACGGCCCCCUGCCUGUGUUUCACCCACAAUUUCUCAGUCAAUGCAUGCUCGCUGGCAAAGUUAUGGCUGUACAUCGAAUUCUCAUGGCACUCCACAAGACACUCAAGUUUUGGGUUGAAGGAGAUGAGUUUGAUGACUAUCUAGGGCUGGAGCUAGACGAGUUCUACGUUGACAAGUCAACAGCAGCGUUCACGCCAGGGAAGGAGACGCGCUCUUAUUUCGACGACCGUACAUUGCCGGACGAUGACGAUGAAGUCUUCAGCGAGGAUGUCGCCCAAACCAUCAAUGAGAAGCUAACGAAUAUUGCCUUGCCUCAAAUGUCAGGCCAUGAGCAAAUUCAGCUUGUGGACAUGAUUGAGUGUAUAGGCAUGGUAGAGAAACAUCGUCGGUCAAUGGAUGAAAAUGGUGCCAGAUUCAUGAUAUACUACAGACAACACGCCCUCCGGAAAAGACGGACUAACGAAGUGACUAUGUCAUGGAGGGAGAUCAAUUGGGCGUAUCACUCUACCAGCCAGGACAUGCUGACCGAUUUUGUGGCUCGGCAACACUCAGGGGGGCUCCUUUGGGAGCACGCUCGGGAGAGUGGCAUGUUCAUGUGGCUGACAGACAACGCGGCCGUGAAAGCGCAAUUUGAAAUGAUCGCUCGCAAUGAAUACACCAAGAACGAGGUGAAGAAUCCCGUGGACUGCAGUCUCUACUACCUGGCGUUACGAAAGAAAACAGUACUACAGGGCCUGUGGCGCAUGGCAUCUUGGAACCGAGAGCAAGCCGGCACGCAGAGACUGCUUGCCAACAAUUUCGAAGACCCAAAGUGGAAGACCUCAGCGUUGAAGAAUGCCUACGCGCUACUCAGCAAACGGCGAUUUGAAUAUAGUGCAGCCUUCUUCCUGCUGGCCGACAGGCUGCAGGAUGCGGUGAACGUGUGUUUGAACCAGCUCAAAGACCUGCAGCUUGCCAUCGCCAUCACUCGGGUCUACGAGGGUGAUCAAGGACCAGUGUUGCGGAAACUGUUGGAAGAGGAGGUGCUCAACAUCGCUGCACAAGAAGGCAACCGCUGGCUGGCAUCAUGGGCGUUCUGGAUGCUCCACCGCAGGGAUAUGGCUGUGCGCGCUCUCAUUACGCCCGUGUAUACGCUGGUUGAGACACCGAUCGCGCCGAAUUUGAACUCGAAGCUCUUCCUGACAGAUGACCCGGCCCUGAUAGUGCUGUAUGCACAGCUGCGGCAGAAAACGCUGCAGACCCUGCGGGGCGCGUCCAAGGUGACGCCAAAGGUGGAGUGGCAGUUCGUGCUGCACAACGCCAGGCUCUACGACCGCAUGGGCUGCGACCUGCUGGGCCUCGACCUCGUCCGCAACUGGGAGUUCCUCCUCCCCGGGGCGAGCCUGAAGCCGGAGCUGGGCGGCGAGGUCAACCCGCUGAAGCUGCUCAAGCGCCGCAGCUCGCUGGUCGUCCAGGACAUGCCGGUCUCGCCAUUAUCCGGCAAGGGACCGCCGGACAUGAACCUGGGAGGGCUGCUGUCGCCGACGGGUGAGAAGAAGAGGCCACAGCCGCCGCCGACGAUGUUCGAGGAGCCGGACGCCGGGUCCUUGUUGGAUAACUUUGGGUUCUAG